AUGACAGCUCCUACGAGGCAGACCAGUUUAUUGGUAGAGGAUGACAGCUCCAGCAGGCAGACCAGUUUAUUGGUAGAGGAUGACAGCUCCACGAGGCAGACCAGUUUAUUGGUAGAGGAUGACAGCUCCACGAGGCAGACCAGUUUAUUGGUAGAGGAUGACAGCUCCACCAGGCAGACCAGUUUAUUGGUAGAGGAUGACAGCUCCACGAGGCAGACCAGUUUAUUGGUAGAGGAUGACAGCUCCACCAGGCAGACCAGUUUAUUGGUAGAGGAUGACAGCUCCACGAGGCAGACCAGUUUAUUGGUAGAGGAUGACAGCUCCACCAGGCAGACCAGUUUAUUGGUAGAGGAUGACAGCUCCACGAGGCAGACCAGUUUAUUGGUAGAGGAUGACAGCUCCACCAGGCAGACCAGUUUAUUGGUAGAGGAUGACAGCUCCACCAGGCAGACCAGUUUAUUGGUAGAGGAUGACAGCUCCACCAGGCAGACCAGUUUAUUGGUAGAGGAUGACAGCUCCACCAGGCAGACCAGUUUAUUGGUAGAGGAUGACAGCUCCACCAGGCAGACCAGUUUAUUGGUAGAGGAUGACAGCUCCACCAGGCAGACCAGUUUAUUGGUAGAGGAUGACAGCUCCACCAGGCAGACCAGUUUAUUGGUAGAGGAUGACAGCUCCACCAGGCAGACCAGUUUAUUGGUAGAGGAUGACAGCUCCACCAGGCAGACCAGUUUAUUGGUAGAGGAUGACAGCUCCACGAGGCAGACCAGUUUAUUGGUAGAGGAUGACAGCUCCACGAGGCAGACCAGUUUAUUGGUAGAGGAUGACAGCUCCAGCAGGCAGACCAGUUUAUUGGUAGAGGAUGACAGCUCCACGAGGCAGACCAGUUUAUUGGUAGAGGAUGACAGCUCCACGAGGCAGACCAGUUUAUUGGUAGAGGAUGACAGCUCCACCAGGCAGACCAGUUUAUUGGUAGAGGAUGACAGCUCCACGAGGCAGACCAGUUUAUUGGUAGAGGAUGACAGCUCCACCAGGCAGACCAGUUUAUUGGUAGAGGAUGACAGCUCCACGAGGCAGACCAGUUUAUUGGUAGAGGAUGACAGCUCCACCAGGCAGACCAGUUUAUUGGUAGAGGAUGACAGCUCCACCAGGCAGACCAGUUUAUUGGUAGAGGAUGACAGCUCCACCAGGCAGACCAGUUUAUUGGUAGAGGAUGACAGCUCCACCAGGCAGACCAGUUUAUUGGUAGAGGAUGACAGCUCCACCAGGCAGACCAGUUUAUUGGUAGAGGAUGACAGCUCCACCAGGCAGACCAGUUUAUUGGUAGAGGAUGACAGCUCCACCAGGCAGACCAUUCAAGAAGUAUGA